AUGGACGGCGCGCCGGAAGAGCACGACGAAUCUGCCCGGGCGCUGGCGGCGGAGUGCGCCAAGCAAUGGCCCACCAUGUUGGCCCGGAAGGCGCCGGCGGCUUCGUCUCCGGCGGCCAAAGCUCCCGCCGGGGACGGGGAGAUGGCACCUGCCGCUGAGGUUAAUGAGGCGGAUACGCACACCAUCAAGGUGGACGUGCUGCGAACCCGCGGCAACCAUCCCGCCUUUGGGCCCACCAUGCGCGAAAGGCUCCGCAGCUUGCUGACGGAGUUCUGCCAUAAGGAGCUGGUGCGAUACAUGCAGGGCCUUCAUGAGGUGGCCGCGGUGUUCGCGUACAUCGAAGAAUCCGCCAGUGGCUUCGACGGCUCAGAAAAGUCGGAGGAUGCCACUCUCGCGUGUUUCACCGCAUUCGUGCGGACCUUCAUGCCAUGCUUUUAUGAUGGCGAGAGCUUCGUCAUUCUGCACAUCACUUUACUGUUCUUCCGUCAGCUUUUGCUCUAUCACCUCCCACACUUGCACAAUCAGCUGGAGGAGAUGGGUGUUGCUCCGGUGGUCUAUGCCACGCCUUGGUUUAUCACUCUCUUUGCGCACAAGACGCCGCUGCAUGUGGUGAUGCGCCUGUGGCAUGAGUACAUCCGACGUGGAGAUCCCACCUUUGUCCCCUUUCUGGCCGUGGCCACGAUGGAGCUUGAAAAGCAAGCUUUUCUGGAUGCAGAGGAGGAUGACUUCAGAAAUGCCGUGGAUCGCACAAAGAUCACUUCGCUGGAGAAGCUGCAAGCCGUUUGGAAAGCUGCAGAAAACCUAUACACACGAACUCCCAAGUCGUUCACCUUCCGCAUGUCCAAGGUCCUGACGCAGGUGCGACAACAGCUCCAAGAAAAGACCAACACAAACUGGACCCAAAGCGUCUUGGCGCGCGCGGACCAGGAGAGACGUUUGGCGCUCUUGGCUCGGGAGGCUGUGGCGCAGCACGCACGGGUCUCCAGCGAGGUGGCGGCGGUGCCGGCGCCCAAUCUGCCGCCGCUGCGGGUGCUGCUGCUGGACGUGCGGCCAAAGGCAGCCUUUGAUGCGGAGCACCUGCCCCAGGCCCUGCACUUCUACCCUCCCUGCCUGCAGAGGCUGGCGCUGGUGAGCAGCGGCAGCCAGCGCGCAGAGCGGCUGGCGGCGGCCUUGAAGCAGGCCAUGGCAGAGGUGGGAGACCUCGUGUUGCGGAAGGACUCCAAGCCGCAACUGGCCUCGCCCUCCAACGCGGAGCAUGCGGCCCUGGGCGCAGAAGUCUUCCAGGCCUUGCAAGGCGCCGCCUCGGAGGCCUGGGGCGAGGCCUGGCUCUCCGAGUCGCAGGCUUCGCACCUGGCGAUCCUCGGGGGGGAGGCGGACUGGGACGCCGCGCAGCUCUGCAAGGCCAACGGCGCCGUGGCGGCCUUGUUCGAGCUGCUCACGGAGCAGCUCUGCAUGCCGCGGGUCUCUGUGGUGCUCGGGGGCGCCCAGGCCCUGCACCGCGAGGCCGAGAAGCGGGGCCUCAAGGUGAUGACGUCCGAAUCUUCUUCGCCCUACGGCAACGACAAGCUGAGGACCUUCCUCUCGGGGGGCGCCAAGGCGUUUGCGAGUUUCCGGGACCGUGCCAAGGCGAACUUUGCCUCCGACGCGUGA